UUUUCGUCAUCGUUUUCUCUUAAAAGUCGGGCGUCAUGAUCACAUCAAAACUUCCCACUGCUCUAUUCUUAAAACGGAAAUGUUUAUCAUUAAGCCCGGCAACCUCGUUUUAAUGUGAGUAUGGAUACGUUACGGUGAAAGAAGUUAAAAACUUUCUCACUCUCCGAUCCUCGGAGCGCAGCACAAUGGACUCCAGACAGAGGAAGCGCUCCAGAGGAGGGAGGCAGCUGUCGAGGCUGUGCUUUUAUCUGGCUUGCCUCUCCUGUGCGUCCGCUCAGCUCAGUUAUUCCGUAUCGGAGGAACUAAGCCCGGGCUCUAUCGUUGGGAAUAUCGCAAAAGAUUUGACUCUUACUAUCCAGCGGAUUGCUCAAAGGAGAUUGCGGGUGGUCUCGCAACACAAUAUACCGCAAUAUUUUGAGCUAAAGCAAGCGACCGGCGAUUUGGUCAUUAAACAAAAAAUUGACAGAGAACAAUUGUGCGAAUCAAGUGCAAUAUGUUCAUUACACCUUGAGAUAAUUCUGGAGGAUCCUUUAGAAAUUCAACGCGUUGUAGUCGACAUUUUGGAUGUAAAUGACAAUGCACCGCUGUUUUCAACCAGCAACAUUUCUUUGGAAAUAUCAGAGGCGGCUGUGCCAGGGACAAGGUUCCGCUUGGAGAGCGCACACGACCCAGACGUGGGUACCAACUCAUUACGCACUUACCAUCUUGCAGCAAAUGACUUCUUUACUCUGAAUGUGGAGACUAAAAGUGACGGCAGCAAGUUUCCAGAGUUAGUGGUGGAUAAAGCUUUGGACAGGGAGACGCAGGCCUCGUUUCGCCUGCUGCUCACUGCUGUAGAUGGGGGUCAGCCGGAAAAAUCUGGCUCCACACUCAUGCUCAUUAAAAUUCUGGAUGUAAAUGACAAUGUGCCCGUCUUCGACGAGCCAGUGAGAAAAGUUAGCCUGUUAGAAAAUGUUGCACUGGGCACUUUAGUAACGAAACUGAACGCGACUGACGCUGAUUCGGGUCGUAACGGAGAAAUAUCCUUCCUGUUUAGUAAAUACACACAGGAACGUGCACUCAAACUUUUCAGUGUGGAUCCUAAAACUGGGGAGAUCCGUGUGAAGGGUGAUGUGGAUUAUGAGAAGGGCACUGCUUAUCACAUCACAGUGCAGGCCAGAGAUGGUGGCUCUCCUGCUAUGGAGGGCUCCUGUAAUGUUAUAGUGGACAUCACUGAUGUGAAUGACAACAAACCAGAGGUGACAUUGACAAAACUGACCAGCCCUAUCAAAGAGGAUUCAACACCAGAGACUGUGAUAGCACUAAUAAGUGCACAGGACCUGGACUCUGGUAUGAAUGGGAAGGUUACAUUAAGUGUCCAACAAGGUUUACCAUUCAAACUUAACUCAGCUUUUGGCAUGCAUUACAGCCUCACCACUGCUGGCAAACUGGACCGUGAGACUGUUCCAGAGUACACAGUGGUCAUCAAGGCCACUGAUGCUGGUUCUCCUCCCUUGUCAUCACAAACCACCUUUGUGGUGAAGAUAGCUGAUGUAAAUGACAAUGCCCCCAUCUUCUCUCAGCCGUCAUACUCUGUAGACAUCCCAGAGAACAAUGCUCCUAGUACCCCCAUCACCACUGUUUUAGCCACUGACCCAGACCUAGGUGAUAAUGCUCGCAUCACCUACUCCAUCCUUCCCGGCAUGGUGCAGGGCUCACCCAUCUCUUCUUAUGUCUACAUUAAUCCAGAGAGUGGCCACAUCUACAGCAUGCGCUCCCUGGAUCAUGAACAGCUUAAUGCUUUCCGUAUUGAGGUGCAGGCCCGGGAUGCGGGGGUGCCUGUGCUGACAACCAACAUCACUGUGCAUGUGUUUGUGGUGGACACGAAUGACAAUGCACCAGUGAUUGUACACCCCGCCUACCCAAAAGAUAAAGGAUUACAGCUCACUGUGCCCCCAUCUGCCGGCCCCGGGUACCUCGUAAAUAAACUUGUAGGGGUGGAUGCAGACAGUGGGCACAAUGCAUGGUUGUUUUACUCUAUUGCCCCUGGACCAAAUGCUGGCAUGUUCCGUAUUGGGGCACACACUGGUGAGCUCCGCACAGCCCGUAAGUGGGCUGAGGAGGAGGAGGGCUCCACUUAUGACAUUGUGAUUAUCAUCCAGGACAAUGGUGACCCACCAAAGUCCACUUCUGUGAACAUUACAGUAACUGUGGAUGAGAAGGCCACAGCUAAUGAUGCUCCAAUAAGCCCCCGCCACACACCCUUCUACCACCGUACUGGGAUGUCGGACAUCACUUUGUACCUCAUCAUCUCUCUGGCCUGUGUAUCGGCUGUGUCCUUUAUCACCUUUGUUAUUCUCAUGGUACGCUGUCUUAGGCACCGUGGCCCUGGACUGGGUGGCGUUGACUGCUGCUGCUAUGGUAAUCACAGGUCCAGUCGCUACCAUCAGAGGCCCAGCAAGGACCUGCACCUGCAGCUCAACACUGAUGGACCCAUACGCUAUAUGGAGGUUGUGGGAGGCCCCCAGGAUCCACACACACGCACUUACAGGCCCUGCUACUCCACCAUAUCCAGCCGCAGUGACUUUGUAUUUAUGAAGACACCCAUGCUGAGUCAUAACAACACACUCAACAUGACACUAAGCAGGAAGCACCUUAUGAACUCAGCCAGUGAGCAAAAGCCCCCAAACAAUGACUGGCGCUUCACACAGGGACAGAGACCCGGACCUAGCGGACCCCACAUGCCAUACGGUACACACAUACGAUGGACGCCGAAGAAUGGGACAAGGGCCGCUGGAGGACCUGAGGUUGCCAUGGGAACUGGCCCCUGGCCCCAGCCCCCAACUGAAGCCGAGCAGCUCCAGGCCCUGAUGGCUGCAGCUAACGUGAGCGAGGCUACGGCCACUUUGGGGCCCGGCACCAUGGGCUUGAGCACCCGCUACAGCCCCCAGUUCACCCUGCAGCACGUCCCCGACUAUCGCCAGAAUGUCUACAUCCCUGGCAGCACGGCCACCCUCACCUCCAACCCCCAGCAGCAGCAGCAGGCCACAGCUCAGCAGGCCACCCAGCAGGCACUGCCCCCACCCCAGGCCUCAGGCCAGCCUGAGCCUCCCAAGGCCGCUCAGACCCCUGCCUCCAAGAAGAAGUCCACCAAGAAGGAAAAGAAGUAGAGUGGGACAGCAAGAGAUGGAGGAAUGAUAAAUCCGGCUUAAUCUGAUGAGAAAUUCAACCCCCCACACCCCACUAUUAGGUAUCUUACUGAACUGCUGUCUAAACAUUGACAGCAAAUCACUUCUGACCACAUGGACGAUGUUGAUGGUUCUUUGAAAGAGUUUCUUGAGGGCCUUGAAGAGUCUGAAUGUGCUGAAGGUUGUUGCUGGUGUAACCUGUGUUGUGCUGAAGGUCUAGUAUUGCUCAUGUAAUCUUUGUCGGUGGAUAUUUUUGGCAGGGUAUGGGGGGUUAGUGAGAUUUUUUUUUCUUUUUUCUUUUGGCAAAAUCAAAUGAACUUGGACAAAGAGAUUCAGUGUAAAGAACCUUGCUGGUAUGACAAGGCUAUACGCAGUGAUGUAUUCAGAGAUGAAAUGUUAAUGUCUUUCAUGUUGGAUUUAUUGUGCUCUUUCCCCGAGGUGGAAAGUCAGCUCUUGUAAAGUACGCUAGUUGCCAUCCAUUAUAUUCUUAUGUAGGGUCAGCCUUGCAGGAUCUCAAAGCCUGUGGAUAUAAGGCUGCUGUUUGACAGGUAUUACAAACUCUUCUGCAUGCUCUUUAAGGUUCAAACCACAUAUACUAGUUUAGAAUUGCAAACUAUGCAUUGCAAAAGCAAAGAGGAGGAUGUCCUCAAUCUAUUAUCCUCCUUCCAAUCGCAGGUCAAUACAAUGCACAUGUAGCAUUUAUUUGACACAAUAAGAAAAUUACUUUUGUAAUCAUAGUUUAAAAAGAUAAGAUUUUAAUCUCUGAUAUUUUUUAUGACCUGAGCAUGCACCCGGAGGAACGGCUGGCAGAGGGCAGGGUCGCACGUCCUUGUGUCAUGGAGUCAUGAGCCAUGCUGUCCACUCAGGUGGUGCAGCAGCAGGCACUGACUCCUUGUAUAACACCUCCAGAUGGGCACAAACAUGUCGUGCUGCCCUGCUCCCUCUAUCCUCCCCUCCUCACACCCAGCUCGUGUGCUCCCCCCACUACCCCACGUUGAGAGCCAAACAAUGAGAAAUGCACUGUUCGUAUUCCGAAGAUGAGAUGAUGUAGGGGUAGUAAUCACUUUGGUCUUUAGAGAAACGCAUAAAUGUGGUAAACUUAAGUGCUUAGGAGUUUCUGGACACUUCUAGACCGCUAGGGCCUCCACAGAGUAUUUCCCUUCUCCAUCCUGAAGUGCUGAAGAAACUUCUUGAUGUGUCACAGUAACUUGUUUUUUUCUUUUGGGAGAUAAUGAUUCAAUAGCAUAGAGGAGUUGUUUGUAUAAGAUAUGAAGUCUUUACUUUGCCGUCCAUCUGUCUGUCAGGGCCCUGGCCAGUUACAACUGCAUGAAAAAAGGCAGCUUGCAGGCUGGGUCAGUGAGGGUGGAGUGAGUGUGGUGAGAGGUACACAGACUGAGGUGGCACCAUUACAUUGACCACGGGGGGUGGGGGGUGGGAAACAACCUUGGCUCUACCCACUGAAUGUACAGAGGACCCACUGUUGACCCACCCACCCACCCCCUUAAACCUCUUUAAUGCACUGACCCAGGUAGAGGUCAACAGAGCCAAGCACAGCUGUCCCUGUUGGUGAGGAGAUGCCACUCAAAAGCCCUUUGAAAUAUCCUUCCUCCAUUCAAAUCAAUGAGAAACCUUGGCCUCUAUACCUCUCACCUCUCCCCUCGACUCCCUGGUCCUGUGAGGCUCUUCCCCACUGUAAAUAAACACAAAUCCUGUUGAUGGUAAGAGCCAGUUGUUUGUACAGUAGGGACCACGUCCAGCAUUUUCAAAAGUCCCUCUCCACAAGGCGUGGCUUACUACUGGAAUGUGUUGCAUUUUGUUUUUCAAGAAAAUAAGAAAACCACAGAUUAAAAAAAAAAAAAAAAACAAUGAAUAAAAA